AUGCGUUUCGGUUCUCAGAUUACCUGGCUCUUGGUCGCCGGGGGUGCCUUGACCUCCGCCGCGAGCAGCUCUUCCUCCGCCGCGAGUAGCUCUUCCUCGGCCGCGAGCAGCUCUUCCACGGCCUGUGCUCUUACCUCUAGCGAUACCCAGGUCCUCCAGUACACCUAUGCACUGUCCGGGUUCCUGAACGGCUUCUAUAAAUCGACUGCCCUCAACUCCACCGUUGCUGCCCAGGUCUCGAACAGCACCAGCGCCUCCAAGGUUCUGUCGAACCUGGAGGGUAUUCAGCGCCUCAACAACUUGACCGAGGAGGCCGUUCGCGAGCUCGGCUCCAAGGCCCCCCGGCUUCACAACAUCUCCGCGUUUGUCCAGUACGCCUACCAGUUCGAGUACACCCUCUCUGGUGCAUUCAUCGGUGCCGCUGGCUACACCACAUCGCCCGAGGUCGCCUUCCUGUUGGCUCGUCUCGCUGCUGAGCACAGUGCUCACGCUACUUAUAUCGGUAGCCGCCUGAACUCCACCAUGUUCCAGUCCAACACCGACUCUCUGGUCUCUGCCUACAGCCCCACUCAGGUCCUCAUGACUGGCAACUCCACUGGCAGCUUGGGAUCUUACUUGGGCGGCUGCGUUUCUGCGCCUACCAGCCCUUGCGGCGCUCUGGAUAUUGGUCCUCUGGAGGCCAACCUUACCUCCAGCGCCGGUGCUAGCUCUUCUACCCCUUUCCAGGGUAGCGCUUCUUCUACCAGCUCCGCUUCGGCCCGCCUACACUAA